GCAGGUAUUUGGUGUGUUUGUCAAGGGUGGAGCCCCGGAGAUCUUAGGACCGUGGCGCCUAAACAAGAGGUGGAGAAGUGUCAUUGUCGCCGCGGCACGGAAACGGCUCAGAGACUCCUCUAAGGUGCCCAUCGAGACCCGUGCCAGGCCCGGGAGAGCCACCUCCGUGCCCUGGUCUCCGCCCCGGUCUCCCGCCGCUUCCGGCCCCGCUCCGCUCAGUCUGAUGGCUGCUGCAGAGCUGAAGAGUCUAGCUGAGGGCACUGUGACCUUUGAAGAUGUGGCUGUAAACUUUUCCCAGGAGGAAUGGAGUCUCCUUAGUGAGGCUCAGAGAUGCCUGUACCGUGAUGUGAUGCUGGAGACUGUGGCACUUUUCUUCUCCUUGGGAGGUUGUAGUGGAGCUGAAGAUGAGGAGGCACCUUCUAAGCAGAGCACUUCUAUACUAGGAAUGUCUCCACUCAGAACUCACAGGACAGAUAUGUCUCUUAAGAGUGCACCCCCCUGUGAAGUGUAUGCUGAAGGCUCGAGAGGUAUUGUGCACUUGAGUGAGCACCAGGGAAUACCUGGCAGGCAGAAAAUGGAUGGAUGUGAGGGAAAAUUGUAUAAUGGUCCAAACCUUCAUCAACAGUGGAAGCAGCACGUUGGAGAGAAACCUUAUAGAAGCAUUGUUCAGGAAGCAUCAUUUUUAAGGAGCUGUGAAUCCCAUGUAGCAGUGAAGCCAUUUAACUUUAGUCAGGUUGGGAAGGACUUGGAAUUACUACAGAAAGAGACAGCUCACACUGGAGAAAAGUCAAGCAUUGAAACCAAGUGUGAGUCACCCCUACAGAGGGGAAAAACUCAUGGCUGUGGAGAACCCACGAGAGCCUUUGACUCCAAACAUACACUGGUUGAACACCAGAGACUUCUCCCUAGAGAAGGAUGUUAUGUGUGCGAUGAAUGUGGGAAAUCUUUUAGUGGAAAGAAGAGCUUCAAUAAUCACCAGAAAGUUCAUACUGGAAAAAGACUUCAUAAAUGUGGAGAAUGUGGGAAAUCUUUUCGACAAAAGGGCAACCUUGUUCAACAUCAGCGAGGUCACACUGGAGAAAGGCCUUAUAAGUGUAGGGAAUGUGGAAAAUCAUUUAGGUACAAGUCCCACCUCAAUGAACACCAGAGACUUCAUACUGGAGAAAGACCUUACCAUUGUGGGGAAUGUGGGAAAUCAUUUAAUAAGAAGUGUCAUCUCCUUGUCCACCAGAGAAUUCACACUGGAGAAAAGCCUUAUAAGUGUGAGGAAUGUGGGAAAGUAUUUAGCCAUAAGAACUCUAUUACUGUACACUGGAGAGUUCACACUGGAGAAAGGCCUUAUGAGUGCAAUGAAUGUGGGAAAUCAUUUCCCCACAGCUCUGCGCUUUAUAUUCAUAAAAGAGUUCAUACUGGGCAAAAGCCUUACGAGUGCAUUGUAUGUGGGAAAUCUUUUGCUGAAAGCUCCAGUCUCAUUAAGCACAGGAGAAUUCACACUGGAGAAAGACCUUAUGAAUGCAGAGAAUGUGGGAAAUCAUUUUUUCGGAGUUCUUCUCUCCUUCAACAUCAGACCAUUCACACUGGAGGAAAGCCUUAUGAAUGCAGUGAAUGUGGGAAAUCCUUUGCUAAAGCAUCCAGUCUACAUCAACACAGAAAAGUUCACACUGGAGCAAGACCUUAAGAGCGUAGUGAAUAUGGAAAAAAAAUUACCCAAAGUUCUGCUCUCCUUGAGAGUUUAUGCUAGUCAAGUCCUUGCAUGUGAAAUAAAUUUUAGGAAUUCUUUGGCCAUAGGGAAUUCUGACCUCUACUUAAAGGUCAGAAACUUCACACUGGAUCAAAGUUUUGUUUGUGACAAAUAUGGGAUAUUUGCUAUCCAGAAGUCUAGCUUCAUUACGUACAGGAGAGCUCCCACUGCAGAAGUGAACUUUUUUUUUUUUUUUUAUUGUUAACUCAUAGCUGUGUACAUUAGUGCAACCAAGGAGAAGUGAACUUUUGAGUGCAAUAAAUAUGAGAAAGCCUUAGCCUUCUCUAAUUGGGUACCAGAACAUUCACAUGAGAAAAACAACAUAGAUUUACAGGGAAUAUUAUCUAUUGUUGAAUGUAACACUGGAGGAGAUCUCUUAUGAGGGUGCCAUGUGCCCAAACUGAAUGUCACAGAUAUUUUUAGUGCACAUAAUUUUUUCUUCUUUAUGUUCCUUAGGUGAGAAUGUAGUAAUGUGACAUGCUGUUUCUCAUAAACUAGUGAGAAUAUCCAGAAUUUUACAAAUAUAUUGGUAAGUUUUUAAAGCACAAUUUUUAUCUCUUCAUUGUUUUUUUCCCAAAAUGGAUAGUAUAUACUUGGAUUUUCCUUUUUUACCCAGAUUUUUUCUUGAGGCAGAGUCUCAGUAUGUCACCCUCGGUAGACUGCUGUGGCAUCAUAGCUUUAGCUUAUAGCAACCUAAAACUCUUGGUCUUUAAGCCAUUCUCUUGCCUCAGCCUCCUGAGUAGCUGGGACUACAGGUGCCCACGACACCACCUGGCUAUUUUUUGGUUGCAGUUAUCAUUGCUGUUUAGCAGGCCUGGGCCAGGCUUGAACCCACUAGACUUGGUGUAUGUGGCUGGCACCCUACUCACUGAACUGUGGGUGCCAAGCCCCAAUCAGAUUUUUUGCCUUCUUUGCAAUUUUUGUAUUAGUAUAUGUUUUAUUUUAUAUGUAACGUUUUCAUUAUUUUCUUUUUUUAGUAAUACAUAUCAAUUCUUUUGUACAUACUACAAUAGUUCUGUCCUUUUAAAAUUUUUGUUUUUACCACAGUUCUCCAUAUGGAUGUCCUACAAAUUUUCGAAAUUUGGCAUGGGUACAGAAAAUUGCAUACAGGGCGGCGCCUGUGGCUGAAGGAGUAGGGCGCUGGUCCCAUAUGCCAGAGGUGGCGGGUUCAAACACAGCCCUGGCCAAAAACCACAAAAAAAGAAAA